AUGGAAGACCGUGGAAAUGGCGAAAAGGUCAACACCAGCAUCGUCACGCUGACUCGCUUCCUGAACGAGGAGCAGACCAAGCACAAGGAAGCCAGCGGUGACUUUACCCUGCUCUGCCACGCCCUCCAGUUCUCCUUCAAGUCCAUCGCCUACUACAUCCGCCGCGCCACCCUCGUCAACCUCACCGGCCUGGCCGGCUCGUCCAACACCACCGGCGACGAGCAGAAGAAGCUCGACGUCAUCUCCAACGACCUCUUCAUCGAGGCCAUGCGCUCGUCCGGCAAGUGCGCCCUGCUCGUGUCCGAGGAGGAGGACGACGUCAUCUUCUUCGGCGGCGACGCCGGGGCCCGCUACGCCGUCGCGUGCGACCCCAUCGACGGCUCGUCCAACCUCGACGCCGGCGUGUCGGUCGGCACCAUCUUCGCCGUCCACAAGCUGCCCGAGGGCUCCGCCGGCCGCCGCGAGGACAUGCUCAAGCCGGGCACCGAGCUGGUGGCCGCCGGCUUCACCAUGUACGGCGCCUCGGCCCAGCUCGUGCUGACCAUGCAGGACAGCUCCGUCAACGGCUUCACCCUCGACAACGGCAUCGGCGAGUUCAUCCUGACGCACCCGGACAUGCGCAUCCCCCGCUCCCGGGCCAUCUACUCGGUCAACGAGGGCAACUCGCUGUACUGGGAGGACAGCACCGUCGGCUACUUUGCCUCGCUGAAGCAGGCCCAGGCCGACGGGAAGCCCUACUCGUCGCGGUACAUUGGGUCCAUGGUGGCCGACGCCUACCGCACCCUGCUGUACGGCGGCAUCUUUGCCUACCCGGCCGACAAGAAGAGCCCCAAGGGCAAGCUGCGCAUCCUGUACGAGUGCGCGCCCAUGGCCAUGGUGUUUGAAAACGCUGGCGGCCAGGCUGUGGACAGCAACAUGAGGCGCAUGAUGGAGGUUGUGCCCGAGCACAUCCACGACCGCUCCGGCAUCUUUAUGGGGAGCUUUGACGAGGUGGAAAAGGUCAAGUCGUUCCACAAGUAG